AGUCUCGGUGCGUUCGUCGUAUGCUUUGCAUCACACACGCGAUCGCGAUCUUUCCUGUGCUGCGCCUCUUGCUAGUUUCUCUCUCAUAUGUUGUGCCUUCCGUGAACAUACAUCUGUGUUUAGCUCGUUUAUGUGUUGUGUUUUCAAAAAGCGAUGAUUAAUAUUUUAUUGUACGCAAAACAUCUCGAGUGGAUAUUCUCCUCUGUACUGUACUAGGACCAGAAUACAGCGUGUAGUGUUUCGAGUGGGCAAAAAACAUGUGUAUGAUGUUUUAGAGAGUGUUAUUUUUUUGGGGUAUGUGAUUUAAUACAUGUGGAGUUACGUCUGUGCGAGCAAAGAGAAUAUUACUGUGACGAGGAGUUCAUCCUCUUUGAUUUCCCAACACCGCGACCAUCGUCUAUUUUGGACUACCAGCAGACCAGAGAAAAUAUUAUUUCCUCAUUGUAUAAAUAAUAAUUUUGUAUGUUGUAAGAAAGUGCUGUAAGGCAACAUUAAGUACAGUUUUGUUGCACCACAAAAAUCCACAUCAAAAACCUCUGGAUAAUUUCAUUCGGAACAUGAUGUGGACGAUUCCAUUUGUGGUGGAAUUUGAUGGCUAGGAGUGUGCAGAAGAACGUCCAGGAAAAUGACAUCACUCCGAAAAUCAGCAUCCUUUCGGUCACGCAUUCCAGUUAGACGCACCCGUGUGCCACUCCGUCGAUGCAGCAGCCCCCAACCAAUGGUUUCUUGGGGACACAAAACUCACUCCUUCUGGCCCCAUGAACAUCGACGCUAUUCAUCCUCAUCCAGCUACUCAAGCAGCGAUGAAAGCGAAGAGUCCGAAGCUCCACUGCAGCGUCUUCUGAGGCAAUCGGCUUCGGCACAUCAUAUGCCACACACCAUGACAACGUCAACGGACGCACUCAGCCUCGACGGCAUCUUGGACUCCGUGAGUAGCGGCGGCAGUUUUUCCAGUCCACCAAACACACCGAAAAAAUUGCAGCAGCACCAUCAAGAUUGCGAGUUGUACGAGAACAACCAUCUCAGCUGUGAUUCACUCGAAAGGUACAAUGGUGCAUUGGAGACGCUACGGCUCACCCACGAUGGUGCCAAGCAGGCCUUUUCGAGUACGCCAGACACAAUUAAUCAGGCACCACUGAUCCCAGGGCGACCCGCCAGGGGUGAUCCCGUGGCGGAUGAGGUGGAGCGGCGACAACGCAGGGAGGAUCUUGAGAAGCAGCGAAAACUCAGCGAUUGGUACUACAUCAAGACAAGCCCAAAGCCACGGCAGCCACAACUGAGUCCCCGACGGGGAGAUCUGGAGCUGAGGAAGAAGAAACUACCACGCGGAAGGAUCGAUGGGGGUAGCCAGAGGUUACGACAGCAACCACCACCGUUGCCAAGGAUUCCCCAUCAGGCGAGUGAUAGUGCGAUAGUGAGUGAUGUGCAGAGGAAUUCGUGUGGUGCACCACAUUUUCCGGUGCAAUACCAGAGUGAGCGUGUCGAGAGGUCCCCAAUGGUGGCACGUCGAUGGCACCAGGCGCGCUUCGGUGAGAUGAGCUCCAGUAGUUUUGAGCAUGUAAACCUCGGGAGCUACCCCACCCAAGCUAAGCGUCUCAGUAGUGUUCACAAUUUGUAUGAGAACACCACGCCGAGGGAUUCCCUGAGGCCACGGGAUAAAUUCAUAAUUGGGCCAUCGAGACCACUGCCCCGGCUACCGAUGUCCUCACUCACAUCCGAGCAGUACUAUCCACCAAAAGCAACCUCAUACCAAAGUGAAUGUGAACUCUCGGGUUCCUAUGUGUCCCUGGAGUGUCCUUCGCCUCCGGGUCCACCAGCAUGCCUUCCUGAAAGUCGACGGGACCCACAAUCGAGAUUGAGCACAUUCCUCAAGACGCUGUAUCUGGAGUUGGCGCUUAAGGAGCCCGUGUUGCCAGCAUGGGCACAACCAGUCGCCCCUGGGGCUCUCAGUGCAGCACGCCUGGAACCCGAACUACGGCUGCAUAUGCAGUCUCAUGGGACAAAUGAAAUCAUAUCUGUGGAUCAACUCCUGACACCCAUACAGACGAAAGAUGGACCAUUUUUGGAGGCACCACGGCGGGUACUUGUUGAAUGUCCCUCGUGGACAGUUCACAGCACACUAGCUCUGAGAAUCCUACAUGCUUGGUCCAGGGAUCAUCCAUGGCCACAGCGUGGCACCCCUGUGGCCGUGGCAAUAUUUGUUCCCCUUGCAGAACUCAAGGGUAGCAUUUCCAACUACGUGGCCAAAGAGCUGCUGCCGAAGGGUCCGACGAACCCCUUUGCCGGAGGCUUUGGUGGCUUCAAUUCAGCCUGGAAUUCACUGUCGAGUCUCAAAGCGAAGCUCCUAUUUGUUCUCGAUGGGUACGACACCCCACGAGGGUCACCAAAGCGAAAGGGUAAAGCGCUACCUACAGAUGUGAUAGAUCUUCUGGAAGGACGAUUGUUUCCCGAUGCCAGAAUUAUAGUUAUAAGUGUUGCUACGAAUUGCUCAGACCUUCUGCCCAUGAUGCAGAGGCACGUUACGUACGAAGGCCUAACAUGGGGUAGGUCAGCAUCACUGCUGGGAGGAGGUCAAUGGGGGGCACCCACGAGGCUUCUGGACACAGUACAGCAGUGUACAUCGCUCAGAAGUGCCGUCCGAACGACAAUUGGAUGUCUGGCUAUUGCAUCCGUUUACGAAUCAAAUGGAGGUGAUUUGCCAACGGAAGAGAUUGACGUAGUGGAGUCCGUAAUUAAUUGUGUUGGCUCAGAGUCAUCAGCAAAUAAUGCUGCUGAACUAGGACGGCUAGCUCUAUUUACACUAAAGACACACAGAUCAUCGGUUACGACAUCAGAGAUCCGAAUGUACUGCUCAAGUCCGGAUUCAACGAUUUUAGGAUGUUUAGAAAAGGCACCGCUCUUUGGGCGAACAGCUAAACGGAAAGGGGAAAGUCACUUCACGACUGUUUGCGCGGGAGUGGCUGAAUUUCUAGCAGCUAGCUAUCUAGCCUCCCUAGCCAAUCGUCCUGGCUUGUUGGCAGCUGAGAUAGCAGGAUUGUCACUUGGAGAUGAAAUUGAUGCGGAAAUGCUGAAAAUUCUCACCUUCGCCAUGAGUCUAUUAGGUAGCAGGGCUCAUAUCCUCCUGUCUAAGCUCACCCCACUCUGGCUCAGUCCUCAGACUAUCUUCUCCCUCGCCAUCGCUGGUGGGGAUUCGGAAACCAACCUUAAUGCCUUAUGUGACUUGCUUGGGAUCUCCAAAUCUCCAGCAGUCUCACCGCUCGAAAUGAGGCCCAUUUGGGUGCAGAUUCGUACCACCCCAACGGAACUUCGAGGCUGGGGAAUGGCACUCAAGAGUCCCAGUUGCACACUCCGGAACUUAGAGCUGGCUUACCAGAUGGAGAAGCACGCCAUUCAUGAUUCACGCAAUGGAAUGGAUCACUUCCUCGAUGCACUCGUAUGCAAUGAUAGCGUCACUACCCUAAGGAUAUCCUCACUCAUUGAAAUUGAUGCCAAAGAGACUGAAAUUGGACAUUUGGCCAAUUGUGUUGCUAAAGCCUUAACGAAGCCCAAAUUGGAAUCAUUUGAAUUGAUUCUAACGCUCUUGGAGGAAGAUCCGCCGGUUCUGAAGCUCCAGGCUGUUGUCUCAGCUCUCUGUCGUUCGAUACCGCGACAGCCAAAGCUGAGUGCUAUCCUUCUGGAUCUGGGAUUGUGCACAUCGCAACUCGUCCAACUGUGCAGCGUCCUCGAAAAAUGCCCGCAAAUUACGAGGGUUUCAUUGCCGCAUCUUAGAUGCGAGAGAGGAGCUGUUGGUGCUUUGGCUGCUCUGCUAACUAAUCGACCUAUUACAUCACUAGCCCUACCGUCCUGCUGGGGUGCAAGGGAUGAUCCACCGUCAUCCAGUGGUGUCAGUAUGGGCUCUGGUAGUGGUAGCAGCACAGGAACAUCUGGACUCAUUAAACAAUCAUCCCUCACUGGUGCUCCUUCUCCACGAUCGUAUCCUCCCGGUCUCUUCUCUUCACUGCCACGUGGAAUUCUACCACCUUCUAGUACUAUGGGUCGUUCUGCAACGCUCCCGCGCCAACCAAUGGAGCUGCCACCUGAUAAACGAAGUUCAGACUCGGUUGUCUCCUCCAAACCGUGGUAUCCAACACCUGCCUGCGACGGUGGCCCGCAUACAUCGGGAACAUUGCAUGAUUUAUUCCUAGCAAUUAGAGAACCUUUCUCGCGGCUCAAUGGACUGGAUCUUAGCAAAGCACAACUGUCUCUCGAGGAUGCCAUGUGCUUAGGAGAGACUGUACGCUUGUCAACUACCCUGCAUUCUAUCAAGAUUGAAGGUGCCUCACGUUUGAGUGAGAUCCUUCCAUCCGUUUUGGGAGCUAGUGAAUCUCCCUGCCUCCAGAUGAUGAGUAUUGGAUCCCCUAGGCUUGCUUUGGAAGAUGGCGCUAUUUCCAUGUCAGCUCGUGCUUUGGCAAAUUGUUCCACACUAAGACUGCUCAGCAUAGAAGGGUGGAGUUUUCGAAUAGAGUCUUCUGCUUCUCUGAGUGCUCUGAGAGCUUUCUUAUCCUUCACCUCCAUUCGAGAGUUGGGUCUCUCAAACUGUCGCCUACACCUGCCUGUAUUCAAGAACGACUCCAUCCCUGUAUCCUCGUAUGAAUGUCGAUCAGUUGUGGUAAUUAAAAUUUCAGGGGCACAGGUUAUCCUAGGAGACCAUACAAUUCUCCGAGGUCCCCAACUCCUACCCUACAUUGGUGGCUUCCCAUGUCUCAGAGAGCUUGAUUUAUCAUCUCCAGCCCGAUCUGGACUCGGUGGUACAACAUCUCCACCCCCCAUCAUGGAUGACAAGUGUGUAAUUACAUUCUUCCAGACGCUACAUCUGCAGUUUAGUUUGCUAAAUACUCUGAAAAUGUGCAACUGGAUUCUUCAUCUCGACGAUGCUGCCAAGACACUCAAGACGGUUUCAAAGUCCCUGCGGAACAGCCCGUUGAGCCACAUCAAGGUGGAUGGAAUUUCUGUGUUGGAUCGCGUUAAGAAGCACCGGAUUGAGCCACAAUUUAUGCACACUCUCUUCGCGGGGGUGCCACAGCUGAGGUGGAUGGGUAUCAGCUUAUCGGGUAUGCGAGAGGAUCAGAUUGCGGCCAUUGGAGCGGGAGUGCUUGACUUGAAGGGGAAUGAAAUUGACAUCAGGCUCAGCGAUUCCACCAUCGAGAACGCAAGAUUAAUGACACAAGCAAUUGGUUUGGAUGGAAAAUUUGAUAUUCGUGUUUCAACAUUUGGUACAUCAACGGGUAUACUGAUACAUGUGGAGAAGGCUGGUAACAAGAGUUUGUCACGUAAGCGGAAGGAUUGAGGCCGACACGGCAUUUCGCACGAAUUUCCAUAAUAAUUUUCACCUGCAACACAUUACAAUAGGAAUUUACUCUUAUAAAUAUUUGUAACCUCCUCCCCCACACCACACCUUUUGACUUUUCCGUCACCCACCCUCAACCAAACACGAAACGUCUCCUACACCCCACCCGUAUUUCUCAUAAGAAGAAGUUCAUUUGUAUAGAGUGGGUUGGGGGUGGAGGAGAGCCACUCUAAAACACUUUAUCAUAAUAGAGCAACAAACUUUGCAUAAAUUCAUUUAAUGUAAUUAAAUUGUCAUUUAAAUAGUGCGCUAGUCUCAUCGAAGCGCGAUAGCAUAAAAAUGCUUGCUCUCUGUAUAUUCAUAAUUUUUUUUCCAAUAAAGGCGAAAAAAUGAGGAGAAAUGAGAGAAAAAAUUGCUCAAUUUUUAAUACAUAACAUGCCUCGUGCACGAAAUAUAUUUUUUUUUAUCAACAAGAAAAUUGUUGUUGCCAAAAGAUAAUUAAAAAAUUGUCAUGAAAAAGAGCGGAGGAAAAAAAUAAAAAAAAAAUACACUCUAAAAUGAAGAAAUACCUAUAAAAUAACUCCUAUUAUAUACAAUUUGCAUAGUAACUGUUUAAAUUAAAUUAAAUGUUAAUGAAAAAAAUAGAAUUUAUAUAGUAGAGAAUGUAAGUGAAAAAUGAUGAAUUUUACAUGAAAAAAAAAUUAUUGUUACUAUAGAAAUGGAGUAAUUUAAAAAAUCAACCAUUUGAAAAAAAAAUUAUUUGAUAAAAAAAUGGUAAUAAGUGUUGAAAUUUAGUAGAUAGAAUAUUGAAAAAUUUUUCACAUAGAGAGAACUUUAUUUAUCUAAAAGAAAAAUAAUUUUCAUUUCAGUUAAAAGAAGAAAAAAAAAUGUUGACUGAAUUUUUGUGAAAUUAGAGAUGAGAAAACGUUAAAAGUAGAAUGAUAUUUUAUGAGGCAAAAAAAUGGUAGAGAAAAAUUUGACGUAGAAAAUUUACAUAUCCCAGAACCAAUAUGGAUUUUAAUUUGUUAAAAGUUUGCCGUUUUGUGGGAAGCAAAAUAUUAUUAACUCAUUUUCAUCUCCUCCAAAAAAAAUGUUAUUCUCCUUUUUACAUCUUUUAAUAAAUGGCUGUGUGUGUUGGAAAAUGAGAAACAUUAUCGUUUCAAUGCUCAUCACUUUUAUAAUAAUUUUUGAAUGAAGAUUUUUAAUUUAUAAAUUGAAUUAAAGCGAAAAAGAAGAAAAAUAUUCACAUGUAAGACAAUAUUUAAGAUGAUAGAAUACAGAAAAUCUGUUGCGGUUUAUUUAGCGUGUAAUAAGAGGAGUAAAUUGUAGUAAAUUACAAUUUAUUAUUGUAUAAAAAAUUGAUGGAACACCUCAGAAAUAAAAAUGACUUUUAGUAUUGCAGAUACAAGAAGAAAAAACUAAUAUGAUAUAGAAGGUAGAUGGUUAAGGCAUUAUUGAUGCAUAUAUAACGAUGUUAAUGUAUUAAAAAAAUGAAAUAUACAACUAUACACCAA